UGCAUGGUAAGGGCGUAGCCUUGUUUUCAAAACGCCCAACAUCCUCCCUCCCCACCCUAGUCUGAAAAGCAAGCAGUUUCUUUGAAAAGGUGCAGAGAACAACAUCGUAUCCAUAAGAAUAUUACCGACUGGCGCAAAACACAGUUAUACAGAAUGUCAAAAUCAGUUGAAAGCGUACUUGAGACUAUUGAUUCUGCCAGAUGUGUGGCCGUUGAAAUAACCAACAAAAGCAGCUAUCCUUUAACUGAGCCUGUGACCUACCAUUACAGUGGCCGUUUGAGCAGCCCUCCCUCGCCCAGCAUCAACCCAGGGGAAAGCGGAAUAUGUGUGUUCAUCAAAACCCCAUACACUGCCUGUGGCACUGUUGGGGUGUUAACCUACAAGUUCAGCAACACCCAAAUCUCACUGCUGGUCUCCAACCCUUAUGACUACAGCAAGUAUAGCAUUGAGUACGCUCUGUAUGUCCCUGAUAGGACAAUUGCCACUGACAACAAUUUGUACACUAAGAUGUACAAUGAGCUGACCGAAUCGCCAAACUUCACUAAGACUUCUCUGGGCAAAGGGAAUGCAUCUCUGAACAUCAGAAAAGGAAACGUGGUCAUUUCAGCUACUAUGUCCAACGAGAAGAAAGCUAUCGUCAAAGUAGACAUUAGAGAUGCGUAAUGUUGUGGUAAAACUCUCACACUUAGAGAAGCAUAUACAAAUUGCAGCGCACAGCAUGCCUAUUAUACUGGUGCUAAUCAGAUCUAUCUAAAGCACUUCACUGUUCCUCCUAUCAUUUAACUUCAUCCCUAAAUGUUUAUUAAAUUCCUUAUAAAAUGUUCUGGUUAAAUACCACCAACUAUUCUUGACUAAACUUCUGCUUGAAAAUUAAAUGUUUCAAUCCCCUCUGCUCAGACUUGUAUUUUCUCCAGUGGCUUAUUUGGCAGUUUGAUUUGCAAUUUGCAAUUAAUUUUCCAUCAUAAAGCUACUGUCAGUUAUAUUCAGUUUUAUGGUCAUUAAUUCCUUUAUGAAACAAUAUGACAAUUCAUUUUGAUGUUAAAAGGAACAAUAUGAAAAUAUCACUGUUCAACAUUUUCAUCAAACUGGAAUGUACCGACCUAUGUUACAAUAAUAAACAAUUGAUUAACUUUU